AUGAACUUUUCACCCUUCGGAACCCACUUUCCCGGUACGAUACCGGGAAUCCAUCAGUUCGCCAGCUCAGGGCUCGUGUCGGGUGUACCGACGACAUCGCACGACUCCAGCAAUCGAUACCAUUCCAUCAAUUCGAACGUCAACAUGGCCCAUUUCAACCAGAGCCAUGGUCCCAUUCUGGGCAAGUUUCACCGUGACCAGGAGUCCAACGGGGGCGGCGGUACCGGGGCUGGAGGGGCUAGUAACUCCAAUGCGAAAUAUAACGGACACUCUUCGUCGGGUGGUGGAGCGUCCGGUGGUGGUAUACCAACCACCACCAGCGGCCAACAGUACUCCAAUCCGUACAGCCAACACUCGGACUCGGUGGCGGAACACAAGCAGCAACAGCAGCAGCAGCAGCAGCAGCGCGGAGGUAACAUGUACCCGCAGUCGUCGAUUGGUAACGGUUCCGGUGGUACCAAUGGCCAGAGCGCCCAAGAGUUGAGCCAGGACAUUAGUGCGCUACUGCAGCAGGCCGACAGUAAGCGAGUGCUACAGAAUCCAGCCAGUUGGCAAUCGCUAGCACCGGGUGCUUCCGUUGCGGAUUACCUUUCGCAUCUUCCGGGCAGUGCCCUGCCACUCUCGCUGCACCAUUUCCUCAAGUACUCGGCCGAAAACAUCAAGAAGGAGGCACAGAAUCCUUUGUCCAGUCUGGAUAUGUCGCAAUCACAAGGGCAUAACGCCAACGGAAGUCAUGCUGGUGGCGGCGGUAGUGGUGCCAGCGGGAUGAUUCUGCCAGCAUCCCAAACCAUCGCCAGCAUCCUGGGCCAUCAACAUCCGAAUCAUCAAGCGGGUGGACAAGGCCACGGCCAAGCAGGUCAUUCCGGGCAUCAGCAGGUUCAGGCAGCGGCGGCCACUUCUUCAACGGCAGGAGCGGCCGCUGGUGCAGCAGGUGCUGCCGGAGCGGCGGAUAAGAAGAAGAAAAAGAAGAAAAAGAAGCCUCCGAAGGAGCGUAAACCACGGCCAAAACCGGGAGAGAUCCAGGUGCGUACGGCCUUAGACGGUAGUCUGCUUUUCCUGUGCCCGGAGUGCCAGAUGGCGUACCCGGAGCGUGAGCUGCUCGAGCAGCAUCUGAUCGGACACAACCUAGAGCGGCGCUUCAUCUGCGACAUUUGCAAUGCGGCACUCAAGCGGAAGGACCAUCUGACGCGCCACAAACAAAGCCACAACCCGGAGCGUCCAUUCUCCUGCACGAUCUGUCUUAAGGCGUUCAAGCGUAAAGAGCAGCUGACGCUCCACUUUGUCAUCCAUUCGGGGGAGAAGAGACACAUUUGUCAAGAGUGUGGUAAAGGAUUCUACCGAAAGGAUCAUCUCCGCAAGCACACCCGAUCACACAUAGCACGCCGGCUGAAGGCAGAACUGAGUCAACAGCAAGGCACCGACGGAGCGACCACUUCCAGCACGGCCCGUGGAGCCCAGAAUCAGAGCAACAAUGGCAGUACUCAGCAACAACCACCACCACCACAACCGCAACAGCAAUCCUUACAACUGUCCCAGCAACAACAACUGCAACCACCUCCACAGUAUCACUCCCUUCCGCCUGGGGCACCCGGCCAGUCGCAAAUGAUGUCGUAGAUCAUGACUCGUGUCUAGAAAUGAAGCGACGAAGCUUCCACAAAAAGAUUAAUCGCAAAAUUUGGUUUCGUGCAAUCGAGGUGCGCACCGGAUUGGGAUGCUCCGGGAUUGGGGUGGGCACUCACUUAGCUUAAAACGGGGGUUUAGGAUAAAGACGAUGGUAACAUAACUAUUAAUGAUAAUGCUGCACGUGCGCACACAACAUCACACACAUUGUGAGUCCAUAAUUCUUCACAACGGGGCGGAAAAGAACACUACAAUGACUUACAGAGCGAGCUGUACCGUCCGGGGUGCAAGCAAACCCAAGAUAUACUUCAGAGAGAGAGAGAGAAACAAAUACCAAAACACCGCCGUGUACAAAGUUAGUAGUAAUGUGCAACCUACAACGCCAGGUAAAAAAUCCUAGAAGCCCAGAAAUCAGCAGUCAGAACGGGCGGGAUCCGCCUAUCGCGGGGAAAGUUAACAUUCCCUCAGCCACAAAAUGGGAGCCACCAGACUCCCUCGCUCAGGUUAUUAAACACAGAAACAUGGUAGUGGACAUAUUUAAGGGUAGAAUAGAUUAAAGCAUAUAAGAGACCGACAAACGGGGUGGAAUAUAGAUAGAGAGACAGCGAGAUAGGAGAGAGAUAUUCGUCCUUUUUAAUCCCUCGUAUCGCAUUGACGCCAGAACUGCAUGGUCGGUUUGUUUGUUUGUUCUGUUUUCUGUGUUUUUCCAUGCCCCACUACGGUGGAGUAUGGAAGGGAACGUAAAUGAAUUUUAAUCAGUUAUUAUGAGCCAAAUUCCAAUCUAGUCCGAUUUCCGUCUAGUCCAAAUUCUUAGGCAAACAUUUUUCUAGGUAAAAGGAAAGUAAUCGAGUACCAAAAUCAAACCCAUUAAGCA